GUCUUUUCUUCCCUACAGAGCCCUCCCUCCAUGGAGUUCGGCCUGCUCAGCGAGGCGGAGGCCCGGAGCCCGGCCCUCUCGCUGUCAGAUGCGGGCACCCCCCACCCCCCACUCGCAGAACACGGCUGCAAGGGACAAGAACAGAGUGACUCGGAGAAGGCCUCGGCUUCGCUGCCUGUUGGCUCCCCUGAAGACGGCUCGCUGAAGAAGAAGCAGCGGCGGCAGCGCACGCACUUCACUAGCCAGCAGCUGCAAGAGCUCGAGGCGACCUUCCAGAGAAACCGCUACCCCGACAUGAGUACGCGAGAAGAGAUCGCCGUGUGGACCAACCUCACCGAGGCCCGCGUGCGGGUAUGGUUCAAGAACCGGCGCGCCAAGUGGAGAAAGCGCGAGCGCAGCCAGCAGGCCGAGCUGUGCAAGAGCGGCUUCGCGGCGCCCCUUGGGGGGCUGGUGCCGCCCUACGAGGAGGUGUACCCUGGCUACUCAUACGGCAAUUGGCCACCCAAGGCACUUGGCCCGCCGCUCGCCGCCAAGACCUUCCCUUUCGCCUUCAACUCGGUCAACGUGGGGCCUCUGGCUUCGCAGCCCGUCUUCUCGCCACCCAGCUCCAUCGCAGCCUCCAUGGUGCCCUCGGCCGCCGCCGCCCCGGGCACGGUGCCAGGACCCGGGGCCCUGCAGGGACUGGGCGGGGGACCCCCCGGGCUGGCUCCGGCUGCAGUGUCGUCCGGGGCAGUGUCCUGCCCUUACGCCUCGGCCGCCGCAGCCGCAGCCGCAGCCGCCUCCUCUCCCUACGUAUAUCGGGACCCAUGUAACUCGAGUCUGGCCAGCCUGAGGCUCAAGGCCAAACAGCACGCCUCUUUCAGCUACCCCGCGGUGCCCGGGACAUCCCCGGCCGCGAACCUUAGUCCGUGCCAGUACGCCGUGGAACGGCCCGUAUGAGUGGCCCAGCCUCUCAUCGCCGAGGGCGGGGGCGAUAAUUCACAGCCUCCGCGGACUGGAGUCUUCCAGACUGGCUAGCUCCUGUCCCGGAGUCUGAGAGGGGUGCUGGGGCUGCCGGCGUUGCGGGGUGGGGGCGGCUGGCUCAGGAGAGAGCCUACCCCCUCCCAGGCCUGAGGGGUGGACUGGGCCCUAGACACAGUCCACGACCCUGGACUAAGGCCAGGAACAGGGACCAGUUCCCCGGGGGCCAACUCACCCUUGGCCCACCCCGCCUUCUCCAGACUCUUCCUUCCCUGUUUUCAGAGAUAAAUGAAAUAAAUGUGCGCGGACUGUCAAAGGCCUGAUGAUUCAGAGUUGCGGUUAAGCCCCCUUCUCUCACCCUUCUUUGUGUCUAAAGGAGAGCUCGGUGUACAAGAAAGAGGUUACGGUCCAGGCUUCUAGGGCUUUGGUCGUCCUAGGCCCCCAACAUCAGGUUCGGGAAGCCGGGGGAAUCCCUGGAGCAGAGCGGCGCACGCAUGCGUGCGUGCAUGUUCGUCUGUAAGGCUUGGGGACUAACUGUUCGGCGGGCGUUGGCCAAAGCUGGUGCUGCGGCGCCACCUCGUGGUAUUAUGGAGGAUAACCGGAGGGUCUGGUCUCGAACGUUUACUUGCUGGUAUCAAUUCUGCAAUUUAGGAAGCCUAUGACUUGUUACUUCGCC